GAUUGCUAACGAAAAAAGUUGUGGGAAAAUCUAAUCACACGUUCGCCGUGCAAGAGUUUACCUUUGCUCUUGAAGUGAUGUUAUGUUAGUGAUACUCUAAUCUAUUAUUGCAAUGAACCUGAAAUACGAACGUAAGAACGUACGAACAAACGAACAAAAUUUAUAAUUUUAUUCAGAUUAUACUUUAAUACAAAAGCCGCCUGCACUCCUCUUCAGCUUAUUUGCGAGCUUAUCGCGUAUUUUUGAAAACUUUGUUUUACCCAUGACUAACACACGCCGCACAUUCUUAUUCUCACACAGUUUGGUUUUACGCCAGAGCAAAAGCGUAAUUUUACUAGAUACUUAGUUCGUGCAUAAAUGCGUCUGAGCAGAUACAUUCCACAGCAGAAACCUUAGUGCGCUCAAACCGAAACUUGCCUUAAUCCAACGAGUUUCGCAGCUUUCAAUCAGUGCUCAGUGUUCGCGUCGAUCGGGCGCUUCACGCUUAGUAGGAAAUUUCAUGAAGACAGUGAUCGCGUAUAAUUCUAAAUUCUAAAUUCUUUUUAAAUCUUUUUUUGAAUUAAUUUUAUAAAUUCAUAAUUAAUUUGAAUACUACCUUGUGUUUUGAUUAAAGUGUGCAAUUUAAGUAUUUUGUGUUUCAUCUUAUUUUAACGAAGAUGCUUCGAUUGCUGCGUUUGCCUUUGUUAAUUGUCACGACUGCGUUUCUGUGGGAUUUACCCGUCAUUUUCGCACAACUGCCACCGAUAGAAUGUCCCCAAUACUUUAGGUACCUGCGGUCAAAUAAUGAAAAUUUCGGUUUAGUUACACUUCCGAACAGUCUAUACACUGGAGGACGUCUCAACGUAAACGUAAAACUCUCUCAGCGUGAAAUAUUUAACGGCAGAAAUUUUGGACUUGCGCUCUACGAAAGCCUUGACAGAUCAGUGCAGAAUAUCCAAAACGGAGAAAGUGUUCAAUACAGAUUCAACUUUCCAACACAGAGUGAGAUUCCGAAACUCACUGGCAUUGUCGUAAAUGGGGAAACAAUUUGCUCCGGCAGUGGAUAUUCGCCUCCCAAUAUAAAUUUUAAUGCCGAACACACAAUAUCAUAUCCAUCGGGAAGAAGACCGGUUGCUACAGCGCCUAACCCGCCACCGAGUUCAAGCGUUGGUUCAAGCGGUGGUUCAAAUUAUGGUUCUUCAGGUAGUUGCGCCAGUUACUUCAAAUAUGAAAGGGCGAACAAUGAGAAUUAUGGUGUGAUAACCCUGCCGAAUCAACUUUUCACCGGCGGCAAACUAAGGGUAGAAGGGAAGCUAAUACAGAAUAACAUCUUCAAUCAUAGAAACUUUGGAGUUUCCUUAUACAAAAGCCUGGAUGAUUCAGUGCGUGACAUAAAUAAUGGUCGACCUGUUAUGUAUCGCUUCAAAUUUCCUGAACAAAACGAACUGCCUAGAAUUCAGGAAAUCAAUGUAAACAACAACCGAAUUUGCAAUUCUGGUGGUGAUUCGUCCGGAAGCAUGAGAUUCAGUGCGGAGCAUACCAUUAGCUGGACUGAUUCAGGCAGACGUCCUUCAGUUCCGUCACCAGUACCAUCACCAGUGCCAGCACCUCCAGCACCACCCCCACAACCAAUAAUACCUGAAAUUCCUGACGAUCUUAACAAUAUAUGUGGACGCAAAAUUGGUCAACUUACCCCUUUCAUACAUCAUGGCAGAGAAGCCAAGCCGGGCCAGUUCCCUUGGUUGGCAGCUGUCUUUCACAGAGAAGCAGAUGGUCCCCAUUUCAUAUGUGGUGGAUCACUUAUCUCUGCGCGUACAGUUAUUACUGCAGCACAUUGCUUUUUACUUCAACAUAUAGACAAAAAUGCUGCAUUUAUAGAACUGGGAAGCUACAAUCGCACUGAUUCAAGGGACACUGCAAUAGCAGUGAGAAUAGACAAUAUUGUAACUCAUCCCAAUUAUAAUGAAAAACAGUUACCAGAUGCAGAUAUCGCUGUGGUGCAUUUAAGUACAACAAUACGAUUUAAUGAUAAUAUUAGUCCAAUUUGCUUGUGGACCGAGAAAGUUGAUUUAUUUUAUAUAAAAGACCAAGAAGGUAUAGUUGCUGGCUGGGGAUCAUUGGAAAACAAUGUACUAACCUCGCCAACACCUAGAUACGUUUCUGCCCGAAUCGUUGAUAAUGAUGAAUGCGUUCAGUCAGCAGAUGGAUUCAGAAAAAUGACAACUAGGAACACACUAUGUGCGGGGAAUAGAGACAACAGUGGACCUUGCAGUGGUGAUUCCGGUUCGGGUCUCAUACUACGCAGAGACAAUCAUUGGACGUUGAGAGCAAUUGUAUCGUUAGGCCAAACAGUGCUGGGUAGAUGUAAUCUUAAUCAGUUUGUUAUAUAUACUGAUGUGGCAAAACACAUUACGUGGGUGCGAACCAAUAUACUCUAUUAAUUUGUCCUAACUAUAGAUUCAACUUUAUAGAUAUGUAAUUAAAAUUUUAAGUUUUAUAUUAAAGCUAGUACAAAAUUCUAAAAAACUCGCCAAAUUGACAUGAACAUGCUUAAAUUUUUGUGAACACUUUUAUACAUCAACUAAAUUAAGAAUAAAACUGAAACAAAAAUCAUUUAGAUUAGUUUAG